AUGCUACCAGCUGUGUGGGUCGGGCGCCCGCAAGUCCGGCUCAACCGCCUAGCUCGGCGCUCCACUCCGGACCAAGUUCACUCUAUGGUCAGGAACUUCUUUUACCGGUUUAUAGGGCAGGGAUUAAAAUUACAACACAGGCGAAAAAGACAAGGCCUCGUUUUCCGGGACGUUUUAGAGAACCACACUCGCCCCUCCUCUUCCGGUAGAGUUCCUGGUCGGCUUCCCCAGCCCUACACGUGUUUAGGAAGGAAGGUUUGGCCAACUGUAGCCGCUGCUGACGGUGGGAGUUUCCGAAAAACAGCGCUGCCCUCACACAUUUGGGCCGUUUCUGGGCCUAAAGCACCAAAGGGAAGAAGUGGAGGACGCGAAAAAAAAGUUAUCCAUCCAUAUAGUAGAAAAGCAGCUCAAAUGACAAGACAGGCCCACAAACAAGAAAAGAAGGAAAAGCAACUCACUCUGCCAGGAAACCGCCUACUCAAUGGUACCUGGCUUUCUCCUCCAUGGGCUGGUGAAAAACUGCAGUGGUUUCAAAAUCAUCUUGAUCCCAAAAAAGUAGAAUAUUCAAAGAAAGAUGCUUGUGGAUUAAUUGAAAGUUAUUUAGAUCGAUUCAGCAGUGAGUUGGAGCAGAUUGAAUUACAUAACAGCAUCAAAAACAGACAGGGAAGGCGACACUGUUCCCGGGAGACAGUUAUCAAGGAGACAGUGGAGCGUGAGCGACAGCAAUAUGAAGGAUACGGCCUGGAGAUUCCAGACAUUGUAGAUGCUGGUAAUCUGAAAACUUUUAGGGAAUGGGAUUUUGAUCUGAAGAAACUGCCAAACAUUAAAAUGAGAAAAAUCUGUGCUAAUGAUGCAAUUCCCAAGAAACGCAAGAAGAAAAAUGUUACAACUGUAGACAAAGUCUUAGAGGUAUUGGAACUAAAAGAUGAAUCCAGUGACUCAGAUGAGGAAAUGACUCCAGUUACCUAA